CCGGGGAGGGUCUCUCUCUGUUCCUCGAGGCAUCCCUUCCCGCCAGUCAGCGCGUGAGGCCCGCCCCUCCCGUCGCCGGAAGGAGCCGUUGCCCCGAACAACUGUAACGUCCGGCUUUGGGAGUUUGGCGGCGGGAAAGGCCAUGAAUAAAGGCCGAACGGAAGCUGCGGCGGGAGCCCCCGGGAUCCUCCUGAGGUACCUGCAGGAACAGAACCGGCCCUACAGCGCCCAGGAUGUGUUCGGGAAUCUGCAGAGGGAACACGGGCUGGGCAAGGCGGCGGUGGUGAAGGCGCUGGAGCAGCUGGCCCAACAAGGCAAGAUCAAAGAGAAGAUGUAUGGCAAGCAGAAAAUAUAUUUUGCGGACCAGGACCAGUUUGACAUGGUGAGUGAUGCUGACCUCCAAGGCCUGGAUGCCAAAAUCGUGGCUCUCACUGCCAAGGUGCAAAGCUUGCAGCAGAGCUGUCGCCACAUGGAGGCUGAGUUGAAGGAGUUAACUAAUGCCCUGACCACACCUGAGAUGCAGAAAGAGAUCCAGGAGUUAAAGAAGGAAUGUGCUGGCUACACAGAAAGACUGAAGAACAUCAGAGCAGCCACUAACCAUGUGACCCCAGAAGAGAAAGAGCAGGUGGACAGAGAGAGGCAGAAGUACUGCAAGGAGUGGAGGAAGCGGAAGAGGAUGGCAACAGAGCUGUGUGAUGCAAUCCUUGAAGGAUACCCCAAGAGCAAGAAGCAGUUCUUUGAGGAAGUCGGGAUAGAAACAGAUGAAGAUUACAACGUCAAGCUCCCAGACCCCUGAGAACCCCUCUGACAGGACUGGGGGAUGGAGACAGAAAUGUCCCAGACUGGCUGCCCUAUUUAGGCCAAUUUUUUUGUUGUUCCUGCUGCUUUCUUCCUUGGUCAGAGCAUUGAGAGAGGGGCAUGAACCAGAGUAUCAGGCAAAGGGAGUGAGCACUGGUUGCCCGGAGUGUAUGGUCACGCUCACGGCAUCAUCCACAUUUCAAUUACUUGAGCUUAACACUUGAACUUGGAACGCUAAAGGAAAGCAUUUGGCAGUAUUUAUUAUAAUUUGAUAUAAAAAUAUUUAAUUUCCUCUGGAUAAUCAGACCUUCCUGAUAGCAAACCUGAGGAAGGCAAAAGGGAGCUUGGGGGACAAGGCAGAGAAAGGCUAUUAUACAUGGUAUUCAUGGAGUCCAGGACCACACCCCCAGACUCCUGGGCUCUGUACCCCAGGAGGCUUUCAUCCACCCCUUCACCCUUUCACCUACCCCCAAGUCCCAGGAGAAAUGCAGGCAGCACUAAGAGGCGGUGGAAACCCAGAUACAUUCGACAAAGGCUGGGCGUGGUUUUGAGGCCCAGUUAAUUUUCUAAAAUUGUAGCUUUAGCAAAAUUGUAUUGUUGGUAUUUAGAAAAAUAAAACUUUAAUAAAUGGUACUGUGUCACACUUGA